AGGGCGAUGGUGCAGGAGGGCCCUGGCUCCCAUAAUGCUGUGCGAGAGCCGGUCAUCCCAUGAUGCCCUGCAGGCCAUGGGCAAGCUGGGAGCUGGAUCGCCAUCCCCCCCAAGAACUCCCAGAAUGCUUUGCAGCAUGCAGGAAAGGGAGGAGGACACACCCAUGAUGCUUUUCAUGGUUGCAGCUGGGGGGGAGUCCUUGGCCGCGCUGUGGGAAGAGGAUCAUGGGAGAUGGUGUGCAGAGGUCCUUGGGUGUAGGGGUGGGAUGGGGCAGGAUCCCAUACUGGGAGCCAUCCUGGCUCAGUGCGGCAGAGCCAAGAGGGCGCAGGGCAUUGUGGGAGAUCCCAGUCCAGAUGAGGGCAAGGGGGAGGCCCCUCCAGGGGCCACUGAGGCAUCAUGGGAGGGCAAAGCAUUGUGUUUGAUGCCCUCUCAACCCCUCCCCCUCAAGCCCCUGGGGGAGUGGAAUGAAAACAAUGCAUUGUGGGAAAGGAGACAGAGCAUGCUGGGAGGCGGAGCCUCCAAACCCUACCUUCCUUCUGCCACACCCAGAAGGCCACCGCAAUGCAUAAUGGGAAGAGGGAGGACUGGUUUGGAAGCCCGGACACCUGGGUUCCCUGGGGUGGGGGGGCCUGGACACCUGAGUCCCAUCACCACCUCCAGAGGUCGCCUUCUCCUUGCCCUGGGGCAGGGCCAACUGGGCCAGACUGGAGCCAGCAUAGCCCUGGGUAGAGCCGGAUAAACAGCCCCAGUGUUGGGCGUGUCAGCUCCCCGCCCGGGCGCCUGGGUUCUGGGGGAAUUUGGUGCCCGGGCACCUGGGUUCUUUCCUUCCUGCCCGUGUGGCUGAAACCCCAAGCAACGUGGCCCCACCCUCGGGACACCGCCCGUGCCCCACCCCGUUGCAUCAGAGCGGGGAAGAAAGCCCAGGCAUCCGGGCUCUCCACCUCCUCCCAGAGGACCCAGGCGUGCGGGCUCCCAAACCCCCCCUCCCGGUGACAGACGAUACCCGGAUCCGCUUCCCCAGGGCUGAAACCGGAGCCUGGCGCUGACCCACUUCCAGGGGGCAGCCCCGGGCCAGGGACCCAGGCGUGCAGGCUCCCAAAGCCCGGAGAGCCCAGGCUUCCGAGCCCCCUGGGACCCCGGCUCCCACCCCCCAACCCCAGGGAUCCAGGCAUCAAGGCUCCCCAAGCCCCUGGGGGACCCGGGUGUGCGGGUGCAUCCCUGAGGCCUCCGGGGCGUUCGGGUCUGUCAUCAUAACAGCGCCCUGCCCCGGCCCGGGCCGGAUAAACCAGCUCCAUCCCCGCCCGGACGCCCGUGCUCCUUCCCGGCUCUGGGAGGGGACCGCCAGCUUCUGGGGUUGGGGAGCCUGGGCACCUGGGGUCUCUGGCGUGGGGGGGCUGGGAGCAAGGGGCCCAGAUGCCUGGGCUCUCUGGGGCAUGGGGGUGUGGGAGUAGGGGGUUUGGGAGCCUGGAUGCCUGGGUUCUCUGGGGUGGGGGGGUUGAGACCAGGGGUGUUAGGAGCCUGGGUGUCUGGGUUUUUGCUAUCUCCCCUGCGCACCUUGCAACACUCACCCCCACUUCCCUUCCAGGAACUGGGUGCCCAGACUCCUGGGUUGUCUGGGCUGGGGUGGGGCGAUGCAAGGCGAGAGCAGGGGUGUUAGGAGCCUGGACACCUGGGUUCUCUGCAGUGUGUGGGGUGGAGAGCAGGGAGCCCAGGCACCUGGGUUCGCUGGGCUGUGAGCAGGAGGUUUGGGAGCCCGGACGCCUGGGUUCUGAGCCUGAGGCAGAGGCUGGGCCCUGUCCCCCGCCCCCCCUUACUGUAAUUCCACCCGCGCGGGCGCGACCUUGGCCCAUAUAAGGCGGCACCACCCGACGGCGCCCACAGGCUUCGGGAUCUUCCUCUGUCUGCAGGCCAUGGACACAGCACUGCGGCUCCUCGCUCUGCUCCUGCUAGGGGGGGCUGUUGCCCCCCACAAAGAGUCCUGGUGCUACGAGGACCCAGAGUGUGGCCCAGCCACGUGGGUGAAGCUGGGCCACUGCAACGGGACGAGGCAGUCACCGGUAGAGCUGAGCACCCAUGAUGCGGUGCCUGACCCACGCCUGGGCCCUGUGGCGCUGAGUGGCUAUGGUGAUGCCCGCCGCCUGCGCAGCCUCCACAACACUGGCCACACUGUGGAAGUGCAGCUGGCGGAGGGGCUAAUGCUGUCGGGCCCUGGGCUGCCAGGGCACUACCGGGCCCAAUCCUUCCACCUCCACUGGGGCCAAGGCGAGGCCCGGCCCGGAUCUGAGCAUCUCCUGGAUGGGCGCCGCUUCUCCAUGGAGCUCCAUGUGGUUCAUACCAAGGAGAACCUGACGCUGCACGAGGCCAUGGAUGACCCCGAAGGGGUGGCGGUACUGGCCUUCUUCGUCCAGGCAUCAUCGCACGCACGCCCCACCCGGCACUGGGAAGCUUUUGUCAACCAACUGAAGCAUGUGGAGAAGAAAGGAGAGCGGGAGGAGCUGGACGGGAUGUUCUCGCUGGGGGGACUCAUGGAAGCAGUGAACCUGGGCCGCUACUUCCGCUACCAUGGGUCGCUAACGACCCCCAACUGCAAUGAGGUCGUCAUCUGGACCGUCUUCGCGGAACCCAUCAUGGUGCCCCCCGGUGUGGUGACAGCCUUCCCAUCCACCCUCCACGCUACGGACUCAAAGCACGGCCCGCGGCUCCAGAACAACUUCCGGCCCGUGCAGAGCUUGGGCGGGCGCCAGGUCAAGGUCUCGAGUGCCCUGCACUCUCAUGCCAGCCCUGCCCCCACCUGGCUGGCCCCUCCCCUCCUCCUCCUCCCCUUGCUCCUGGGCUCCUGGCCCUAGGGCCUACCCAGAUGCCUGGGUUCUGCUCUCCUCACCCCCCAUCUCUUCACCCCUCCCAGACACCUGGGCUCCUUCUCGGACACCUGGGCUCUGUCCCAAACACCUGAGUUGCACUUUGCCUGCCUCAGUUUCCCCUGAUGACCAGCAGGUGGGGGGGGGGGGCGAUGACCCUACUCCUGGCCCCUUUGCCUUUGCCCCACAUUCAACACAGGAUGGGCUGUAAAGGGUUAAUCUAUUCCCCCACACUCCCAUAAUGCUUUGCAUUGAGGGCUUGCGAGGCGGGGUGUCCGUCCAGCAGCCCACCUCAGCCUGGGGGGCGGGAGGAGGGUUCGUGCCAGGUCCUGUCACGGAGACUACAUUUAAUAAUUAAUUAUGCAUUUGCAUAAGGAAACGUGAGAGGGGAAGGGGGGGUAGGCGUGUGCGUGUGUGCGUGGCCCGGACGCCUGGGUCCUCUGGGUGCAGGGGGCCCGGUGCCUGGGCUGUGUGUGUGUGUGUGUGUCCGUGCCUGUGCGCUCUGCCCCCAGGCCCCGCACUGGCUCCCCCUUGCCACCCCAUACUGUGUGUCCUGGGCCCCAUUCAGCCCCAAUUGUGGUGAUUCCUUGGGGGUGGGGAGGAGGCAGGGGUCCUCAGACCCCCCCCCCCACCUCCUCCACCAUGUUAUUUAAAUUGGUCCUGACCUCCUGCCUGUACAUGUGGCCUCUUUUAAUAUAUGCGUGGCGGAAUGUGAAUAUAUUUGCAUACAUUAAAAAAACUGAGUGUAAACGA